UAAGAUGCCAUUUUUUUACUGUCAGAAGUUUUAGAAACAAAAGCCAAACCGUCACCAUUUAUUGUUCAAGUUUUUCGAUUACUCGUAUAAAUUAAAUAAAUGGCAUACAAGGCUGGCACUAAAAUUAUUUGUGAAAUAACGAGGUCAAAAUUUUAUCCUAUAAUCCAACCUAAAAAUAUUGGCAUAACGUGCUGUCGAUUCUACCAUUUGUUGACAACACGAGGUAAGACGAAUUUGCUAGGCGUAUUAAAACAUGAAGAAAUAGUGGUUGCCAAAUUGUCCUGGCGUGGAUUUAAACAAGGAGUGAUUAGAAAUUUGGUAGCUUAUAAAUUGCUAAGUCCGCGUCGAUAUUUGUUGGAACGGAAUUCACAGUAUUCUUCGGGAUCCUUAUUGCCAGUAAAGAUAGAGCCUCAGGAUUGUGAAACAAAUGACAUUCACCAAACAAAACCGAAUAUUAAAAGCGAAAAUGAUGAAGUGAUUAAGACCACUGAGCCUGUUCUAACGGAUGAAUCCGGCCUAAAGAAGAUCCGGCCACGCAUUCCUCCUAGGAAUCUCAAUGAGAUUGCAUUCAGCCGAAAGCAGGACCUGUCAAGCGAUUAUAGAUCUUUGUCUCGGGUUCGCUUGAAUAUGUUUUCGAAAUUGUAUUUGAGCGAGCCGACUUCUCAGUACAACAAAAAACAGAAGCAUCAGUUUAAGCAACAGGAACCAGAUCAACUUGAAGUUGUUUUCACGGAUGAACUCUCCGUAGUAGAUGAAGAUUUCAAACAAAAGUUGAAUCCCCGAAGCCCCCCACAACAACAAGCACCAACUUUAAACAAGUCGCUCAUCAGUAAAUCAGACCACACCCCGCAUCAUUCUAAAACCUUAGACAGAUUCCCACUUCAUGAUAUAGGCUUGCCGAAUUCUGCCAACAAACACUCUUUUGGAAGGGUAGAGAAGGCACAUCCUGCCAUGAGCAUGGAGCGAACUAUGCAAGUUUUCCGAAACAAAGCCCGAACGUCAUCAGGAGUUGUAUCCGCCGAUAAGAAGUCCACAUCGCCUUUACAGUCUGUGAUGACUGGGAAAAAAGACCUUGCAGGUGUUGGAAAAGGCGUAGUUCGUUCUCUGACCGGUGGACAGCUUCGAAAAAAUACCCAAAGACUAUAUGCUUGCGGACAUUCGCAAGCAGAUAGUCGCAUGAAUGGCGAACAUAUGAAUCCUGAAAUAAUUUCAGCAUCACAUGGAUCCAUCACAAGUACAAAGUUUCAGGAUUUUACUCCUAGAUUUCGUAUCAAGCGUGACCUUGUCUCAGUGGUCAUGAAUACUACGCGCAUACCAAUUAUCAAUCGUAAGACACCAAAGUUUGUUGAAAAAGUUACUGAAGAUUUCAAAAUGGAGUUUACACCAAUUCAAAGGAGCUCAAUGCCAGAUUCCAAGCAGCAGAAGUUGAAACUUAUUCCAGAUCCGCCCGUGAGGACAUGGAAUUUUGCGCCAAGGCGAUCAAGAGUACAACCUACACCUACGUUGAAUAAGAAGUAUAGCUACAAAUAUGUUCUGAAUCCGUCUGGUACGACGUUGCGUCAGACCGUUGUUUUGAAAACGCCUAAGAAUAGUUCGUCAAAUGAAAGCUUCGUAUUGUCAAACCGUUCACGGAGCGGUUCCACGUUGUCACGUCUGUAGGACUUGGGAUGACUUCAGCCUCUCACACGUCAAAGGUACGUUAUGUGGAGCACCAAGGAGCAGCCUGUUCAAUUGCUACUGAUGUCUUCAACCCACUUGAAAUAGUAACUUCCAUUGUCCUUCGUUCAAGCAAAGGAUUAUUUUUUCUAUUCAGAACGGUAUUGGCUACCGGUGCAGCUGCUAUUCAUGCGAAUCUGAUUUUUAUUUUUUUUGUUCAUUUCGAGAAAAGUGUCAAUAUUUUCGGAUUAAGUGAAACAUAAAUCUAGUGGUAAAUAUAAUGCCUGGAAAGAAUUAACGAUAAGUAAUCGGGGGAGUCUAAAUAGUCCAAAUUGUCAAUGUUGUUUACUUUUUGUUACUAUGUGAGACGAUACAUAUCUAUUCUA